UAUUCAUUUUUGAACCGGCAUUUGGCAGCACAACUUCAGUGUCGCUCCAGCAGUCCUCACACAAACUCCAAAUCCAAAAUGAGUUCCACAGAAAACAACGCCGAAGUGGCCGUCGAGAACGUUAAGGAGAACAACGAGAAGGUUGUCGCCGACGCCAAGGCGGAAAUCAAGGGAACAAAGAGGCCGGCGGAGGACAAAGACGAUGACGUCAAAAAACAGAAAAAGGAGGAAAACGGAGACGAGGACGAAGUGGAAGACGAGGAGGAUGUAGAAGGAGAAGAUGAGGACGAAGAAGAAGAAAUUCCCGAGGGUGAAGAGGAGGAAGAUGAAGACGGCGAGGGCGAAGGGGAGGCAGAAGACGGCGACGACGAUGACGACGCAUAAGGUUCAAAAAGUUAACGAGUAAUUUCGAAAGAACAGACACUGGUACCAUGACCACCUGAUCAUGGACUGAUUUACCUGCCACCCUCCCCUGCACUUGGGGGUACGGAGUGGCCACCAUCGCGUUAUUUAUGUUACUUUGAAAUGUACCCCGUUCACACAUCCGCCUCGUCCACCACAACUACCACCACCUCCACCACCACGUCAAUCACAAGCAACACUGCUGCUGUUUCGAGACUCUCAAACGCGCGCGCGUCGUCGAGAUGUCGGGUCGGAGAACUCUCAACUUGUUGAAUCACGCGAGUCCGAGUGUUAAUUGUGCGAGUUGUGCGAACGACUGUAUGACGAUGCAAGCGAGUUCCACGAAUUUAAACCGCCCGCCCGCCCGCCACACGGCCUGCUCAUCAAUAAGGGUCGCGCAAGAGGGUUGGUCGGGAUCUGGCAGGACCCGACGGACCCUCAGGCCCGCCGCCGCCGCAACAGUCAAACAACCGGCCGCCGACUCGACGCUCGCGUCCUCCGCGGACCAUCAGCACUCCAGAAACAGCCAGUCGUCACUUUGGUUCUUUGCCCACUCUCUACCCUCAAGUACUUAGCAUGUAAAGCAACAAAUUUUGAGAUAUUUGUAUGGGGAGAUGAUAAUUUUUUUAAAUAGACACACACUCAACACGCAUACACACACAUGUACGUGAAAAUGGAAAAAUGAAAAAAAUCGAUCAUCCAUCAUUCUUGCAAGCCAACGAUUAUUUGUUUUGCCCGCCCUCUGGCCCGCGCAGUCUCUCGUGUCUUGAACGUGGGUUCGCUUUCUCCUAAGUUCAUUUUCCACCGUUUAUUUUUUGUACUCUCGCAAGCAAGCACGUCCCACUGUCAUUUCAUUCAUGUUUUAUUUUGUAAAAGGUUGGGUAGUUAAAGAAACACAAACAAAAAGAAAGAAAGAUUUAAGAGAAAUGCCUAGACUAGACUUUUUAAAUUCUAAGACGUAAUUUGUACAAAGGUCUCUCCCAAAUAUUGCAAAAUAAACCUCUUAAUAAAACUGAUCUUUGCAUUUGACGAAUCAAUCCAGCCUGCCUUGGUAUUAAGAUGAGUUUUUUUUUAAAUUUAUUUAUUUCGAGGCAAUAAAAACCACUCAAAACCUA